GUGAGGGGAGCGCCCGGACACAGCGCGCAUCCGGACCCAGCCGAGCCCGGGCAAGGCCCCCGGACUCUUCACCGGGAUCUCACGCCCCUUCCCUCCCAGACCCCAGAUCCGUUGGUUCCCACCCCCUCCUGUCCCCUCCUUCCACCCCCGCCGCCUCCUACAUCUCCAUCCCCAGCAUCCUCCCCGCGCCCCUGCGAAUCCCCAGCACCGCAAGCCCCACUAGCUUUCCACCCUCCUCAAGACCCCCUCUCACACCGCAUCCCUGGCCCCUGGCCCUUCAGUCCCCAUUCCAUUCCCUUGCCUCCCCCGCAUUGGUUCUUCUCUCCUAGCCUUCGGUCCCCUUUUCUGCCCCCUUUUCCUCCCUCUCUCUCAUUUGCCCCCACUACUGUCCUCCCCGCCCUCCUCCGCCCAUCUCAGCGCCCCCACCCAGGCCGGGGUGCACGGUCCGGCGCGCCUCCCCGGAGCAUCACCAAGGUCCCGGGGCUCUACGGGGGUGGGGGCGCAGGGUGGGGAGCAUGGGGAGGGGGAGCCCCAUGUGAUGGGAGGGGGGCGCAAGCGGAGGCGGCGGAGGCGGCGGCGACAGCGGAGCCGGACUGUGGGCUCAGCGGGGUCCGGGGGCUGGGGGCAGCGAGCAGGGCGGCCCCAUGGCCGGGCCCCCCUGAGGCAGUCCGGGGGAGUCCCCUCCCCUCCCCAGCUCGGGGGUCUCCGGGCCCCAUGAGCCGGGGCGCGGGCGCGCUUCAGCGCCGGACAACGACCUACCUCAUCUCGCUGACCCUGGUCAAGCUCGAGUCGGUUCCUCCGCCGCCGCCUUCUCCGUCUGCUAUCGCGGCCGGCGCCCCUGGGGCCAGAGGCUCCGAAACCGGGGAUCCUGGCAGCCCCCGAGGCGCGGAGGAGUCGGGCAAGAAGCGGCACGAGCGUCUUUUCCACCGACAGGAUGCGCUGUGGAUCAGUACUAGCAGCGCGGGAGCGGGGGGUGCGGAGCCCCCAGCCCUGUCCCCGGCUCCGGCCAGUCCGGCUCGCCCGGUCUCCCCCGCUCCGGGCCGCCGACUCUCCCUCUGGGCGGCCCCUCCGGGACCCCAGCUCUCCGGGGGACUGAGCCCCGACCCCAAACCCGGGGGUGCCCCCACCUCCUCCCGACGCCCUCUACUCAGCAGCCCGAGCUGGGGGGGCCCGGAACCCGAAGGUCGGCCAGUCGGCGGCGUCCCCGGUUCGUCCUCCCCUCAUCCUGGCACAGGCAGCCGGAGGCUCAAGGUGGCGCCUCCUCCGCCGGCUCCCAAGCCUUGCAAGACCGUGACCACGAGUGGAGCCAAAGCCGGCGGGGGCAAGGGCGCCGGUAGCCGCCUGUCAUGGCCCGAAAGCGAAGGCAAGCCCAGGGUCAAGGGGCCAAAGAGCAGCGCCGGGACUGGAGCUUCAGCCGCGGCCGCUGCUGCCACCGGCGGGGGAGGGGGCGCUGCAGCCGCGACCUCUGGUGGGGUCGUGGUUGGGGCUGGAGUCCGAGGGAAGCUGUCCCCUCGAAAAGGCAAGAGUAAGACCUUGGACAACAGUGACUUGCACCCAGGACCGCCUGCCGGCUCUCCUCCUCCUCUAACCAUCCCAGCAAUCCCGGCUUCUGGCGCUGCAGUUACCGCCACCUCCGCGCAGCCCCCCGGGCCAGCACCUCCAAUCACUCUGGAGCCUCCAGCUCCGGGGCUGAAACGGGGCAGGGAGGGGGGCCGAGCAUCCACUCGCGACCGCAAGAUGCUCAAGUUUAUCAGCGGUAUCUUCACCAAGAGUACAGGGGGGCCUCCUGGCUCAGGGCCCCUUCCAGGUCCCGUGGGCCUGUCUUCUGGCAGCGGGUCCAGGGAGCUGCUGGGUGCUGAUCUCCGCGCCUCCCCUAAGGCUGUGGUCAAUAGCCAGGAAUGGACUUUGAGCCGCUCCAUUCCCGAACUGCGCCUGGGUGUACUGGGUGAUGCCAGGAGUGGAAAGUCAUCGCUCAUCCACCGAUUCCUGACUGGUUCUUACCAGGUGCUGGAGAAGACUGAGAGUGAGCAGUACAAGAAAGAGAUGUUGGUGGAUGGACAGACUCAUCUGGUGCUGAUACGAGAGGAAGCUGGGGCACCUGAUGCCAAGUUCUCAGGCUGGGCAGACGCCGUGAUCUUCGUCUUCAGCCUGGAGGAUGAGAACAGUUUCCAAGCUGUGAGCCGUCUUCACGGGCAGCUGAGCUCCCUUCGGGGGGAGGGACGAGGAGGCCUGGCCCUGGCACUGGUGGGGACACAAGACAGGAUCAGUGCUUCCUCUCCUCGGGUGGUUGGUGAUGCUCGUGCCAGGGCUCUGUGUGCAGAAAUGAAACGCUGCAGCUACUAUGAGACUUGUGCAACCUAUGGGCUGAAUGUGGAUCGGGUCUUCCAGGAGGUGGCCCAGAAGGUGGUGACCUUGCGCAAACAGCAACAGCUUCUGGCUGCCUGCAAGUCCCUGCCCAGCUCCCCAAGUCACUCAGCUGCUUCCACCCCUGUAGCUGGGCAGGCUAGUAAUGGAGGCCACACUAGCGACUACUCUUCCUCUCUACCAUCCUCACCCAAUGUUGGUCACCGGGAGCUUCGAGCUGAGGCAGCUGCAGUGGCUGGAUUGAGCACUCCAGGGUCCUUGCACCGGGCAGCCAAGCGCAGGACCAGUCUUUUUGCGAAUCGUCGGGGUAGUGACUCUGAAAAGAGGAGCUUGGACAGUCGGGGAGAGACAACCGGAAGUGGGCGAGCCAUCCCUAUCAAACAAAGCUUCCUACUAAAGCGAAGUGGCAAUUCCUUGAACAAAGAAUGGAAGAAGAAAUAUGUGACUCUGUCCAGUAAUGGCUUCCUACUCUACCACCCCAGCAUUAAUGAUUAUAUCCACAGUACCCAUGGCAAGGAGAUGGACUUGCUGCGAACAACAGUCAAAGUCCCAGGAAAGCGGCCUCCAAGGGCCAUAUCUGCUUUUGGUCCCUCAGCCAGCAUCAACGGGCUGGUCAAAGACAUGAGCACUGUCCAGAUGGGUGAAGGCCCUGAAGCCACGACUCCCAUGCCCAGCCCCAGCCCCAGCCCCAGUUCCCUGCAGCCACCACCAGACCAGAGCACCAGGCACCUGCUGAAACCAGAUCGGAAUUUGGCCCGAGCCCUCAGCACUGACUGUACCCCAUCUGGAGACCUGAGCCCCCUGAGUCGGGAACCCCCUCCUUCUCCCAUGGUGAAGAAACAGAGGAGAAAAAAACUGACAACACCAUCCAAGACCGAAGGCUCGGCUGUGCAGGCUGAAGAGGAAAACUUUGAGUUCCUGAUCGUAUCCAGCACUGGUCAGACGUGGCACUUUGAGGCAGCCAGCUUUGAGGAGAGGGACUCCUGGGUCCAGGCCAUCGAGAGUCAGAUUUUAGCCAGUCUGCAGUGCUGUGAGAGCAGCAAGGUCAAGCUGCGCACAGACAGCCAAAGUGAAGCCGUGGCCAUCCAGGCGAUCCGGAACGCCAAAGGAAACUCUAUCUGCGUCGACUGCGGGGCCCCCAACCCCACGUGGGCCAGCUUGAACCUGGGCGCACUCAUCUGUAUCGAGUGUUCUGGUAUCCACCGGAACCUGGGCACACACCUGUCUCGCGUACGUUCGCUCGACUUGGAUGACUGGCCGCGGGAGCUGACCCUGGUGCUGACGGCUAUUGGCAACGACACGGCCAACAGCGUGUGGGAAAGCGACACUAGGGGCCGCGCCAAACCCACACGGGACUCUUCGCGGGAGGAGCGUGAGUCAUGGAUUCGCGCCAAAUAUGAGCAGCUGCUGUUCUUGGCGCCGCUGGGCACGACCGAGGAGCCGCUGGGCCGCCAGCUGUGGGCCGCUGUGCAGGCCCAGGACGUGGCCAAUGUUCUCCUGCUUCUGGCCCAUGCGCGACACGGGCCGCUCGACACCAGCGUAGAGGACCCACAGCUCCGUUCCCCACUUCACCUGGCGGCCGAGCUUGCCCACGUCGUCAUCACGCAACUGCUACUGUGGUAUGGCGCGGACGUGGCGGCCCGCGACGCGCAGGGCCGCACGGCGCUGUUCUACGCCCGUCAGGCUGGAAGCCAGCUGUGUGCCGACAUCCUUCUGCAGCACGGGUGUCCAGGCGAGGGAGGCAGCACAGCCACCACGCCCAGCGCGGCCACCACGCCCAGCAUUACUGCCACGCCCAGCCCCCGCCGCCGGAGCAGCGCAGCCAGCGUGGGCCGUGCGGACGCCCCGCUCGCGCUGGUAUAGUUGCCCAACAGCGGGAGAGACACCCCUACCCCCAUGCGGGCCGGGCACGAACACACCGGGUGGACAGCUGGACAGAUGCACUCACUCACCUCUCCAAUCCGCACCCCGCCCCACGGGAGCACUUCCUACCCUCACGAGGGCACAGCCCCCACGCCUCCCAGAAGACACAAACUCACCUCCCUCUCCCCAAUGAGGCAUGGAGACACCCCAGCUCAACACGCUCCCUCUCCACUGUUUCCACCCUCGGAUUGCUCUGGGUCUACCCGCUCGGUGUUUGCAGAAAGGGACGUCCCUGCCGCGGUACCGGUUCCAGGGCGCUUGGACAUGCCCGCCCGCGCCCUCUAGGGGCGGGAAAAAGACCCAGUCCUGCCUGCAUUCAACAAUCCACGGCAGGAGCCCAAACCCAGGCUGGCUCCUGGGGCGACGCCACGCCAGAGGGAGGGGUUAGUACGUGGAGCGCUAGCCCUGGGACUUGGGGCCGAUACCGGGGCCCCCGACCCUUCAAUGCUGAUCUCACUGCCCAGUAAAUGGGGGAAGGGCAGCGAGGGGCAGGACCCCUGCUGCCUGUGGAGGUGGAGGGGUCCCCAACCCUUUCCGUGAAAGGGACCAUGAGGAAAUAAGGAUGUUCCCCUACACCUACCCAUGGGUAACAGUAAAAGGCCAGGGGGAGCCAAGAUCCUGGGUCCUUCCCCUAAUAUCUUGGGAGGGAGAAAGGAUGAAGCAGGAGCAGGCUAAGGGGGCUGGGGAGGGGCCUUGUAAUUUAUUGCUUUGUUCCCCAACAUGGGAGUGGGGUGGGCAUGGGCGUGGGGAGGGCGUUCUGGGGUAGGGGGAGCCAAGGGUGGGCAGGGGGUGGGGUGGGGUGGGGGUGCUCUCGGGUUGUGUCUGUGCCUGUGACUGCGUACCUGUGACUGUGCAGCGCCCGUGGUGAUCUGGGGUAGGGGGCACCCCUGAAAUGGGACCCCUCCCCCAUUAUUUCUUUCUGUCCAGCCCCUCCCUCCCACUGGAGCAGCUCCAGACCUGUCCCUCACCCCAGUGCUCUCUCCCAGCCAGGGCUGAGAGGAUGUGCAGUGGUUGGAUUUCCAGGCCCCCUGCCCCAUCCCCAGAAUGGGGGUGGUGGGGUGAACUUAACCUGAGCCCUGCCUCCCUCAAUCAACCCAGUCCUUGGGCUGUCUGUGUCAGUGGUUUCCGGUCUUUUUUUUUUUUCCUGGCUAAAAUAAUUUGCAAAAGACCAGGUAAUUGGGGAGGGAGCGGGGGUGGGGGAGCAAGGGAUGCCCCCCUCAUCUCCUCUGAGGCAGGUGGUGUGAAACUUCAACAGCAAUUAAAGAGGAAGUGAUUUUGUCUAGGGGGUGAGCUGCUGGUCUGUUCUUGAAGAGACAAGUCAGGGUACGGCCUUGGUGAAGGCCCAGAACUGGAGGUGGGAAAGGGCCAGGCAGAAGUCCCUCCCACUGACCUGAAGCAGGGAAGUACCAAUGGGCAUGGAGGUGGUUCCCUCUUGUACAACAGUCCUGGGUUCAUGCAGUGGAAAGAACUGUGGGGAACUUGGAAGCAAAGAAGUCACAUUUAGAAGAUGAUACCAGUUCUGGAAGAGUUCGAAUGUGAUGCUUGGAGGAACAGAUAAGGCUGUGGUAGGUGGUGGGUGUGUGGUGAAAUGACGUGGUCACCCUGGUUAAGAGUAGGAACAGAUCUGAUUUUGAAACCUGACCCUCCAUUCCCUAACUAGGGGACCUGAGGCAGUUGACCUUGGAGGCAUCUAUUUAUUUGUGAUCUGAGAAAUCCGUUCAGAAGACACCUGGUAGGCGCUCUAGCCCUGGAGGACUGCCCUACUCCAGCCUACUCACCUUGAGUACCAAGUACUAGAGUAGAGCUAAUAAUAGGGAUCCUGUUCCUGGCCCCAGUCAGGGGGUGCUAGGGAGAGCAGGGUUGAAAGAUCUGGGAAUGAUUUCCCAGCCAGUUGUAGGUCCCUGAUGUCCAUAAACUCCAUACUAGCUGAUGCAUUUGCCCACCUGUGUCAUCAGUGGGGCCACCCUUAUCACAGUUGCUGGAGCUGCUGUACCGCCUCAGUAGCCAGUUCCACCAUUUCCUGUAUAUAGCUGAAAGCAUCUGCCCUGAUGGAGAGGCUGGGCAGGGUGGUGCUGUAGGCCACUAACUGGUGCAGGUUGGACACAGAUGCCACAUGUUGCAUUCCAUCACACGUUGGUGGCACCAGUAUCUUUGGGUAGGGUAGUUCCAACUUAUGGUGCCUCUCAGCCCUCAGACACUCAGCUAUAGAUAUUCCAGCAAGCUGAUGAAGUAUAAUUGCAGUGCCAGGCCCAGGUCCAACUCACAUGCUGCCUUCUGCUGUGUAGCAUGGAUGAUCACCAAGGACCACAGAGAGGUAGAUGCAGUGAUGCAGGGACAGGGACAGGUGUGUGGUCUGGGUGAAGUGAGAGGAAGAUGGUCCUCCUAGAGGACCUGGUCAUUUGUCCCUUAGCUCAGACCUGAACUCCCUUACUUCAUCUUCACCUUCCUUCAUCAUGGCUAAAGCUCACUCACUUCCUAAAAAACUCUGAGUGUGAGUACAGGGAGGAAACAAGAACCCCAAGAGAAUAAAGCUACCUGCAAAGGGAACCACAGGCCAAAGGGAAGGUCCUUUUAUUUCUAGACAGCAAAAAUGGUUGAGGUGUUGGCAAACUGCACAGCAGAUCCCACCAACAAAUAAUCCACCUGACCCUUUUUUUUUUUUUUUAAUGUCCUGUAUUUUUGGUCUUGAGGAGAGAUAGAUGGAGGUGACAAAAAAAUUAAACCUUCUAGGUUAUGGCAUAAUAAGACUCUAGAAGGGGACGCCCUAGGUGGGUGAAGGAGAGUUGCUGCUGCCCCUUUAUGUCUGUGUGCCUCACAGCUCACCAUGGGUUUCCUUGCUUGGGUUCCUGUUGCCAUCCCUCAACCCACUCCUCAUCCCCUCCAAGAAGCCAUCUGACACACACCCUGUUCCCUUCCUUCUGUUUGCCUUAGCACAGCUGGGGCAGACUGACUUCCAUGGGAGUUUUGCCAAAAGCCAAAGGAAGUAAAAAGGAAUUUAUUAUUGAAAGUACAAAAUGAUUAAAUACAGUGAUGUUUCCAGAA